GACUGAGCUCCACUCCUGCCGUCCUCCCCCAGGGGAAGGGAAAGAAGAGGGAGAGGCGCAAGAGGCCGCCAGCGAGUGAGCGCGGCCGCAACGGCGGUCUCCAGAAGUUUGACUCGGCUGCGAGCGGACUUGUGCGCCCAAGUCCUUCCCCGCGCCAGCGCCAGAGGAAAAGAGCAGGGGCUGCCCGGCCGCGGCGCGCCGGCUUUGUCAUGAUGGCCAGCUACCCCGAGCCCGAGGAAGCCGCGGGGUCCCUGCUGGCCCCGGAUGCCGGCCGCGCAGCCAAAGAGCCAGAGGCGCCGCCGCCGCCGAGCCCGGGUAAGGGCGGCGGCGGCGCGGGGACAGCUCCGGAGAAGCCCGACCCUGCUCAGAAGCCCCCGUACUCGUACGUGGCGCUCAUAGCCAUGGCGAUCCGCGAGAGCGCGGAGAAGAGGCUCACGCUGUCCGGCAUCUACCAGUACAUUAUCGCCAAAUUCCCAUUCUACGAGAAGAACAAGAAGGGCUGGCAGAACAGCAUCCGCCACAACCUCAGCCUCAACGAGUGCUUCAUCAAGGUGCCGCGCGAGGGCGGCGGCGAGCGCAAGGGCAACUACUGGACGCUGGACCCUGCCUGCGAGGACAUGUUCGAGAAGGGCAACUACCGCCGCCGCCGCCGCAUGAAGCGGCCCUUCCGGCCGCCGCCCGCGCACUUCCAGCCGGGCAAGGGGCUCUUUGGGGCGGGAGGCGCCGCCGGCGGCUGCGGUGUGGCGGGCGCGGGGGCCGACGGCUACGGCUAUCUGGCGCCCCCCAAGUACCUGCAGUCCGGCUUCCUCAACAACUCGUGGCCGCUCCCGCAGCCGCCCUCACCCAUGCCCUACGCCUCCUGCCAGAUGGCGGCGGCCGCAGCGGCGGCUGCAGCGGCGGCGGCGGCCGCGGGCCCCGGCAGCCCCAGCGCGGCGGCGGUGGUCAAGGGGCUGGCUGGCCCGGCCGCCUCGUACGGGCCGUACUCACGCGUGCAGAGCAUGGCGCUGCCUCCCGGAGUAGUGAACUCGUACAACGGUUUGGGAGGCCCGCCGGCCGCGCCCCCGCCGCCGCCGCAUCCCCACUCACCCCCGCCAGCGCCGCCGCACCACGGGGCCGCCGCGCCGCCCCCGGGCCAGCUCAGCCCUGCCAGCCCGGCUACCGCCGCGCCCCCCGCGCCCGCGCCCACCAACACGCCGGGCCUGCAGUUCGCCUGCGCCCGGCAGCCCGAGCUCGCCAUGAUGCAUUGCUCUUACUGGGACCACGACAGCAAGACCGGAGCGCUGCACUCGCGCCUCGAUCUCUGAGAGUCCAGCUCACGCCG